AUGCAACAACGACUGUGUUUAUCAAAUACACAUCGAAUACACCCAACACCAGUAACAAUAACAACCGAUGAAAAUAACGAUAAAUUGAUGACAGAUGAAAUGCAAACCUGCGAUAGCUGCGUAAAUAAAAAAUAUAGCAGCCGAUCAUGGCUUCGUCUUUGCUCAUUAACAGCAUAUGAUCGUUACGACCAAGCAAAUAAAUAUAACUUAUGUCGAACACAAUUAAAAGAUCGAAUGCACAUAAAAACGGAUGAUGAUAAUUCAAAAGAAAAUAAAAAACAACGUUUUCUCAAAAGUAUUACCGAUGCCAUUACUACGACUUCAUCAAAACGUAAAAACGAUGUGAAACCAAUAGCCAAGGAACGAGCAUCCGCAUUAGUCGAUUCAAGACAAUAUUUUACUAAAAAUAAUAAAAACAUUUCGGAACGAACAACAGUAAAAAACGCGAAAACGUUUUAUCAACCAUUUAUUUUUAAACCAAAAAUAAAUUUAACAAAAUCUUGGCCAACAUCAGCAGUGAAAACAUUAACAAACAAAUUAAUUGAAUCACCUCGCAUACCAUUUGAAGAUGUGACAGUUUUUCAUGUCGAAAAUGGUCAACGUACAUUACCAACACACGAGACACUUAAUUUACAAAAACAAUUACUGUCAUCGUCAUUACCAGUAUUAAAAUGUCCAUCAAAAAUAAAAAAAUUUGUUAAACAAAAUGAACGUAAUAAUGCCCCAUUGCAAGAAUGGUUCAAUAAAAAUAAACAUUGGAAUCCCUACGCAUCAUACAAAGAAAAGAAAAUAUUAGCUAAAAUGGCAAAUAUUUCAGUUAAACAAGUUACAUAUUGGCUAAUAAAUCAACGAGUGAAACAAAAUAAAAUGGCACGUAUUGGACAACAAAAAUAUAAACGCUUUGCAAAACAACGAAAACUGAUGAUAAAACCGAAAGCAGUAUCAACAGUAAUAGAAGCCAAGGAUGUUGAUGUUCAUGAUCUCGAAGAAGAUGAUGUUACCGACGUAUUGCAUAUUGAUUAUGAACAAUCAGAUGAUGAUACAAGUUCGAAGAAUGACAAUCAUACCGAUAUUGAAGAUAACGGCGAUUCCGUUAACACAUCAGCCGAAAGCAAUGGAAAUGUUGCUGACAUUGUUACUAAAACGUUUCCAGUUCCAAUUAAAAAUGAACCCGUCGAUGUUGUAUGUUUAGAUACACAAUUAAAGGGCUUCGAAAUGAUCGAGAAUGCCCAUGUGGACAACACAUCAUUCACGCGAAAUAAUUUUGAUGAAACGGUUUUAUAUAUACAGCAAAAAGUAUUCAUUUCAGCGAGUAAUUUAACGAUUAAACAAAAGUUGAAAAUCGAAGAAUUUUUAUCAAAAUUUCAAAUAGAAAAUCCGUUGUUGGACAUAGUUAAUGAGAAAACAACGCAUUUGAUAACAGAUGACGUAGAAAUUGCUGGUCAAUCAUUCGUUUGUACAUUAACAAAAAAUGUUAUUCAGGCAAUCGCGCGACAUCUCAACGUCAUUUCUUAUCUGUGGAUUGAUGAAUGUUUAAAACAACAACGAAUAAUUGAUUGGAAAGAUUUUGAAAUUCGUGGUGAUACAUCGAUAUCCCAUCAGCACUACGGAGCACGUACAUCAAGAAUAAAUCAUUUAGAGAAUAAACGAUUAUUUCCACCAAAUUAUUUUGGUAUGAAGGUUUCUUUUAGUUUAAUUCACAGUUCUACGUUUAGUCUGUUGUUUUUAGUUAAACUCUGUACUCGUGGCUGUUUGGGAAUGGAUUCUGAAGAACUAGGUGAACUGGUCUGGUUAUCAGGUGGUCUCUUUUUCCACCAAGGUACAUUUCCUCAUACAAUAUUUGAACGAUAUUGUUUUGUUCUGGUGGAUGAUGAAAACAUCAAAAAUAGACCUGGUUAUGAAGAGGGUAUUAAAAAAGGUGUGAAAUUUUUGCGUCCACGAUGGCUGGUUGAUUCCGUUAUACAACAAAGAAUACAAGAUUUUUGGAAAUAUAAUUGUUCACCAACAUUUUAA